UACUUCAACAUGGCGGCACCCGAAGACAUGCAGCUUGUUGGUCGUGUGCUGCUGGACCCCACUCGCCCUCUUCCUGCCCGGUUUCGGGCACUUUUUACACUACGGAAUCUAGGAGGACCCGAAGCAGUGGAACUGAUCGGUCAAGGAUUUAGUGAUGAAUCCGCGCUGCUGAAACACGAAUUAGCCUACUGCUUGGGGCAAAUGAGGGACCGGACAGCACUUCCGGUGCUUAUCGCAGUGCUGAAGGACCGGACACAGGAGCCAAUGGUCCGCCACGAGGCAGGAGAAGCUUUGGGUGCUAUUGGAGACCCUGAGGUACUGGACCUUCUGAAGGAAUAUUCCGAGGAUCCAGUCAUAGAGGUAGCAGAGACAUGCCAGCUGGCCGUACGUCGCAUUGAAUGGCUUCAGCAGAAUCCAGAUGCCCCUGAUAAUAUCCCUUACCUGUCAGUGGACCCUGCUCCUCCUGCUGAGGAAAGCGAUAUCCCGGCUCUACGGGCCACCCUUCUAGAUGAUAACUGCCCGCUUUUUGAACGGUAUCGUGCUAUGUUUGCCCUUCGCAAUAUCGGAGGCAAGGAAGCUGUGUUGGCACUGACAGAAGGCCUACAAUGUGGAGGUGCCUUAUUCCGCCAUGAGAUUGGAUAUGUUCUUGGGCAAAUGCAGCACGAGUCGGCUGUCUCAGGACUAUCGGCUGCGUUGGAGCGAUUUGAUGAGAACCCUAUGGUGCGGCAUGAAUGUGCUGAAGCUCUGGGCUCUAUUGCCCAGGAGGAAUGUUUAAAAGCACUGCAGGCGCAUGUGAAGGAUGAUGAGCAAGUAGUGAGGGAGAGCUGCGAGGUUGCAUUAGAUAUGUAUGCCUAUGAAAACAGUGGGGACUUUCAGUAUGCAGAUGGACUAAAACAAGUACAAGAGUGUCCAUAAGUCCUCGUGCUUAUAUCAUUUUUAAGUAUUAAAAGAUUUAGACAGUCUGGCUGAAUGGGGUGUGCUGAUGUUGCCUAUAUGCAAAGGGAGAUAAAAAUCCACAACCAAGAAAUGUGGAAUAUUUAUUUAGGUGAGUUGAAAGUAAGAAUGUAUUUAUUUUUGUUGGAUGCUUAUAGAAUAUAAAAAGGCAUUUGACCCAAACUGUUAAAGUACAUAGAAAGAAAAAUACAAAUAUUUUAGCUUUGGA